AUGAGCAAGCAGGUGCGAUCGAUACGUUCCGCCGCCCACAAUAGCUCCCGGGCUCGUCUAUCUCUCGUCUCGCACAGGAACAUGGCAGCUGCUAUCACACAACAAGGGGUCGAGAAGGCCGCAAAGGAUCUGAGCAAUGGUCAUACCAAGGUCAACAACUGGUCGGCACCUGGAGGAGCUGCCUUCGACUUCCGCUCAGAUGUUAUGACCCGCCCGACCACCCGAAUGCUUGAAGCCAUCGCCGCAACCACCCUACAAGACGAUGUCUUUAUGGAAGACCCAACAUCCAACGACCUCGAGGCCUUCAUUGCGGACCUGACGGGCAAGGAGGAUGCGCUCUUUGUCUUGUCAGGUACCAUGGGUAACCAGGUCGCCUUGCGUACCCAGCUAUUGGCCCCUCCUCAUGCUGUCCUCACCGACCAUCGCUCACACAUUGUUCAAUGGGAGGCUGGUGGUGUCGCAAGUAUGUGCGGUGCUCUGAUUCAGGCCGUCGUACCCGCCAACAACAAAUACCUGACCCUGGAAGACGUCAAGAAGUAUGCUGUCAUAAGCAAUGAUAUCCACGCUUGUCCGACAAAGGUCCUGAGUCUGGAAAACACCCUCAACGGCAUCGUGACUCCUCUCAAAGAGUUCCAGCGUAUCAGCGCUUGGGCCAAGGAGAACGGUAUUCUCAUGCAUCUUGAUGGUGCGAGACUGUGGGAGGCUGUGGCCUCGGGUGCUGGCUCUUUGAAGGACUACUGUGCUUGUUUCGAUUCUAUCUCGCUCUGCUUCAGUAAAGGUCUAGGUGCACCUAUCGGCAGUAUACUUGUUGGAACCAAGAAGUUCCGUGAGAGAGCCCGCUGGAUCAGGAAGAGCAUUGGUGGUGGGUUGCGUCAAGCAGGUGUAGUCACUGCUGCUGCUCGUGUUGCCGUUGAAGACACUUAUCUUGGAGGCAAGCUGUCUGCCAGCCAUGAUAGAGCGCGCCAAAUUGCUGCCAUGUGGGAGAAGCUAGGUGGUAAAACAUCGAACCCUGUCGAGACCAACAUGUGCUGGCUGGACCUUGACGCUGCUGGCAUCAGCGUCGAGGAUUUUAUCGCAGCUGGCGAGAAGGUUGGCUUGAGACUGGGAGGUGGUCGCCUUGUUGUACACUACCAGAUUGAUGAAGAAGCCGUGAAGCGUCUGGAAACCCUCAUGGAGGCUGUGCUUAAAGGCAAGAAGCUCGAAGGCACAGUUGACAUCGAUCCUAAGGACAUGAACAUUAAAGUCGAGUAG